AUGGAGGGCAGUCAACAGAGAAACAGACUGAGACUGAGGCCCUUCGACAGCAAAUGGGUAUCUACGGUGGCGAGCAUAUGGAUACAGUGCACCAGCGGCUCCCUCUACUCUCAGACCCUGAAGACCACACAGGGCUAUGAUCAGUCGACCCUCGACACCGUUUCAGUGUUCAAGGACUUUGGAGCCGACUGUGGGGUCCUCUCUUGA